CAAUAGUGGUAGUAAAUGUUGACUGUGUGGAUAAUAACGCGGAAGUGGCGUGGCAAAGUCAGUACCAUUUUGGUGAUGGAGUUUUAGUUUGAAAAGAAAAGGUCGACCAGCGCGGAAAGAGAACUCAUAAUUUCCUGAGUCAUUGCUUCUGUGGUUUAUUAAACGAAAUAACUAAAGAGUAUCCUCAGUAAGCUUUAAUAUAUUUAUUUGGACAUUUAGCUAUAUUUUAAGAAUGGAGGGGUCUGUGUCCAAUGUGGAGGUGUGUAACUUUGCUUACACGGGGCAGUUUGAGAAAUUAAAACAGUGCAUCCUGUCAGAUAAAACGCUUGCCUGCAAAACAGACCAGGACCGGAGAACCGCGCUGCACUGGGCUUGUUCUGCUGGACACACCGAUAUUGUGGAGUUUCUUCUUGACAUGGGAGUUGAAGUGAACCUGCAAGAUGAUGCUUCGUGGACCCCUUUGCACAUUGCAGCAUCUGCAGGCAGAGAAGACAUCGUGAGAUCUCUGAUAUCCAAAGGAGCUCAGCUCAACUCAGUUAAUCAAAAUGGAUGCACCCCUCUGCACUACGCCGCCUCCAAAGACAGAUAUGAGGUGGGCCCUGUAAUAUGCUACAGGUGGGGUGCUGAAUGGUGGGUUACACCGAUUGCCCUGCUGCUGUUGGAAAAUGGAGCAGACCCCAAUGCUACUGACAAGCUGGACUCUACGCCUCUUCACAGAGCAUCUGCCAAGGGCAACUACCGGCUCAUCCAGCUGCUUCUCAAACAGAGUGCAUCAACAAAUAUUCAGGACUCACAGGGCAACACGCCUCUCCAUCUUGCAUGCGAUGAGGAGCGUGUUGAAGCAGCCAAGUUGCUGGUGGAACAUGGAGCGAGCAUUUACAUUGAGAACAAGGAGGAGAAGACCCCGCUCCAGAUAGCAAAGGGCAGUCUUGGGAACAUACUCCGUCAGAUCGUGGAGGGAUGAUGCUUUAUCUGACCGACGCGUCUUGUUCCAGCUCAAAUCCCCACCACCAACCGCCAAGUUACAUUCUAAGAUUUCCCAUCCCGCUCAGUCCUCCUUAAGCGGUCCGUGUGGAAGAUGAGAUGAUGGACUCAGAUGGUGCUUUGAGACUGCACAGAUCUUAUUUGUUGUCUGAGCACAGGUUUUCAAACCCCACAGGCUAUUUUCUAUUAAAUUUGAAUUGUAAUGUAAAACAUGAAGUUCAACCUGUUAAUAAAUGUGAUGUUCAUGAAUGA